GCUCCGGCUCCCGCGGCCCCGGCGUGGCCGUGCUGCCGCGCUCCCCCGCUGCGUCCCGCCUCGCCGCGGCUCCAGGCGCCUCCCGCCUCCCAGCAUGAAUGUGAGGAGGGUGGAGAGCAUCUCGGCGCAGCUGGAGGAGGCCAGCUCCACAGGCGGUUUCCUCUACGCUCAGAACAGUGCCAAACGCAGCAUUAAAGAGCGACUUAUGAAGCUCUUGCCCUGCUCGGCUGCCAAAACGACAUCUCCUGUUACUCAAAACACUGUAGAAGAUGAAAUGGAAAUGGCCACAGUACGACAUAGACCUGAAGCUCUUGAACUUCUGGAAACACAGAGUAAAUUCACAAAGAAGGAACUUCAGAUCUUGUAUAGAGGUUUCAAAAAUGAAUGCCCCAGUGGUGUUGUCAAUGAAGAAACCUUCAAAGAGAUUUACUCUCAGUUCUUUCCACAGGGAGAUUCCACAACUUAUGCACAUUUUCUGUUUAAUGCAUUUGACACUGAUCACAAUGGAUCCGUAAGUUUUGAGGAUUUUGUUAUGGGUCUCUCAAUUUUACUUCGAGGGACAGUACAGGAGAAACUGAAGUGGGCUUUCAAUUUGUAUGAUAUAAAUAAGGAUGGAUAUAUAACUAAAGAGGAAAUGCUUGAUAUCAUGAAAGCAAUAUAUGAUAUGAUGGGAAAAUGCACCUAUCCUGUUCUCAAGGAGGAUGCACCUAGACAACACGUGGAAACGUUUUUCCAGAAAAUGGACAAAAACAAAGAUGGAGUAGUUACCAUAGAUGAAUUCAUCGAGAGCUGCCAGAAAGAUGAGAACAUAAUGCGAUCCAUGCAGCUCUUUGAAAAUGUGAUUUAAUGAAGACAUUAGGUCUACAACUAAUGGACAAAUAUGAGCUAUUCUGCAACGUUAUCUAAAAGAUGGAUUUCCCACUUUAUCAUAAAUAAAAUUACUCAGCUUUACACUGAGACAUGUAUUAUGCAAAUAAAUUUUUUAUUAUAAACUUUUCCCAACAAAAAAAUUCUUAAAUUAUACAAUUUAGCACUUCAACAGUGGCUAGUUAGUUAACGAGAUAUUGCUUUGAAAAGUCAAGUUUUUACUUCAAACCCAAACAAAAUAAGACCUUACGUUAUCAUUCCAACCCAUCAAUAAAAUAGAUACUAUGACAAGGAGAUUAAAUAAAUAUUCUAAGUUUUGCUACUCAUCUGUAUUGGAUUAAGCUCCAGGUGUUUGAGUGUAUUUCUUAAAUAUUAGCUUUUAAUUUAUACAGAGGCAUUACCAUGUUUGGAGUUUUUCCACAUUUCUAUGGUGUAAUCCUCAUUUUUUGAAUAAUACUUUGAGCUAAAGUGCUGUAAUCAAUGUGCAAUGCACAUCAUGCUGCUAUUGCCUUCCACCUUUGACUUGCUUUUCUUUUCAAGAAAACCCUCCAAACCUAACAAAAUAGGUAACUUGAGAAGAAGAAUUGCUGUAGAACAAAAAAAGACAUUGCUUAUAGGUAGAUAUACUCCUUAACAAAUACGAGUAAGCUUCUAUCAAUCACACUUACCUAGUAAAUCUGCAUUUAAUUUAUCAUGACAGGAGUCCUACAUACUGUAUUUCUAAUUUUUCUUCAAUGUGUCUACAAAGUUCUUUGCUUAAAAUUAAGGAUCUUCCAACUUUCAAUUUUUCAUGAAGAAACCUUACACUGUUUUCAUGAGUAUGUGUCUUUCUGCGUUUAAUGAAGAAAAAGGCGUGAACUUUGGCAUCUUCCAUGCCGCCUCAGUGCUCAGAAUGAAUAUUACUAUGUAGAUGCAUCUACUAAUAAUGACUGACUGCUAGACAGGCUAACAUCUGUAUCAACUUUCUGUAAUAUCUUCAAUUAUGAGACAGAAUCAGGAAAAAAUUGGAAACUUCAGCUAUACAAUAUCAUCUAUGUGUGAUAAAUGCAUUACAUUUUUUUAGGAUCACGUCUUCAUUAAAAUUGGAGCUACCUUAAUUCUGAACCUGGAAAAACUUUUCUAUAAAAGUAUGUACCUAAAUAUAAUAGUGCCCCCCUAUCCAUGUAAUUUUUAAGAUAUACUGUCCACAGAGUUUACUUCAAAAUAGGUGAAAUGGUAUCAGAUAUAGGCCAAUCUUCAUUGUGACAUUGCUGCAGAAAAUGCAAAAGGGGAUUAAUGAAAUAGAAUGAAUGUUGCAAGUGCAUUCUUUGGAAAAAUAUAUCAGGUAUCUAUUCUGGUGUAGAGAUGGGAUGUUAGAGGCAUGUUGAAGGCUGCUCUGCUAUCACCAGUGUAGGAUAAGAGUAGUACAAUACAUGUACACUUGAAAUCUGCUGUAGCGUGUUUGUGUAAACUAAAUGUGCACAUUUUGUUAAAAAAAAUAAAAUAAACAUGAAGAAAAA